CCGCGUGAGGUCACCGCUGGGGGCGGGGUUGCGUUGCCACCGCCCUAGGGUGCGGCUGGGUCGGAGAGGGCGCGUCGAGGGGGGCGGGCAGCGAGUCGGGCUUCCAGCGGGGUCGGGCGUGAGUGGCCGGGGCUUCGUUCCCAGGCUCCCCCCACCACCGCCCUCAUCCGAGAAGCUCCUGCUUGAGCCAUGUUUUUCACCUGUGGCCCAAAUGAGGCCAUGGUGGUCUCCGGUUUCUGCCGGAGCCCCCCAGUCAUGGUGGCUGGGGGUCGAGUGUUUGUCCUGCCUUGCAUCCAGCAGAUUCAGAGGAUCUCUCUCAACACAUUGACCCUCAAUGUCAAGAGUGAAAAGGUUUACACUCGCCAUGGGGUCCCCAUCUCAGUCACUGGCAUUGCCCAGGUGAAAAUCCAGGGGCAGAACAAAGAAAUGUUGGCAGCUGCCUGCCAGAUGUUCCUGGGGAAGACUGAGGCUGAGAUUGCCCAAAUUGCACUGGAGACACUGGAGGGCCACCAGAGGGCUAUCAUGGCCCACAUGACUGUGGAGGAAAUCUAUAAGGACCGGCAGAAAUUCUCAGAGCAGGUUUUCAAAGUGGCCUCCUCAGACCUCGUGAACAUGGGCAUCAGUGUGGUCAGCUACACCCUGAAAGACAUUCACGAUGAUCAGGACUAUUUGCACUCGUUGGGAAAGGCUCGAACUGCUCAAGUCCAGAAAGAUGCUCGGAUUGGGGAAGCGGAGGCCAAGAGAGAUGCUGGAAUUCGAGAGGCCAAAGCCAAGCAGGAGAAGGUGUCUGCUCAAUACCUGAGUGAGAUUGAGAUGGCCAAAGCACAGAGGGACUAUGAGCUGAAGAAGGCCGCAUACGACAUUGAGGUCAACACCCGCCGGGCACAGGCAGACCUGGCCUAUCAGCUUCAGGUGGCCAAAACGAAGCAGCAAAUCGAGGAGCAAAGGGUACAAGUGCAGGUGGUAGAGCGGUCCCAGCAGGUGGCAGUACAGGAGCAGGAGAUAGCCCGCAGAGAAAAGGAGUUGGAGGCCCGUGUUCGGAAGCCUGCGGAAGCUGAGCGCUACAAGCUGGAACGCCUGGCAGAGGCAGAGAAGUCCCAGCUGAUUAUGCAGGCAGAGGCAGAAGCUGAGUCUGUGAGGAUGCGGGGGGAGGCUGAGGCCUUCGCCAUUGGGGCCCGGGCCCGGGCUGAGGCGGAGCAGAUGGCCAAGAAGGCAGAAGCAUUCCAGCUAUACCAGGAGGCUGCUCAGCUGGACAUGCUGCUAGAGAAGCUGCCCCAGGUGGCAGAGGAGAUCAGUGGUCCUUUGACCUCUGCCAAAAAGAUCACACUGGUGUCCAGUGGAAGUGGGGCCAUGGGGGCAGCCAAAGUGACCGGGGAAGUCCUGGACAUCCUGAGCCACCUGCCAGAGACUGUAGAAAGACUCACUGGUGUCAGCAUCUCCCAGGUAAACCACAAGCCUUUGCGAACAGCCUGAGCCCUCAACCUUUGCAGACACCUAGCUUCAUGGUUCAAGUUGCCUGAAUGGUCCCCAUAUUGCAUGCACUUCAACUUGCCUCCCAGAGCAUGUCCUUUAACAGAGGGAUUCCACCUUUCAUCUCUCCUUGCCAAAUAGCCUGUGCCUUGCCUUGGAAGAGAAGGGUUGCUCCCCUUCCCAGGCCCACACCAAGACUGCCAUCCCAAGAGUUCCAUGCCAGCAUUCUAAUAACCCCACCCCACCCCAACUUCUGAAUUAAACUACACUGAGCCUGUU